AUGCCUGAGUUAGCGGAAGUUGCUCGAGUUGUGUACUUUAUUCGCGCGAAUCUCGUAGGAAAAACAAUUUCUACGGUUGUCGCCGAACACGAUGAUUUAGUUUUUGGGAAAGUGGGAACGUCCUCGGAAGAGUUCCAACAACAGAUGCAGGGUAAGAAAGUGGUUGGGGUUGGCCAGCAGGGGAAAUACUUUUGGCUAGUCAUGUCUGAACCUCCACACCCAGUGAUGCACUUUGGAAUGACUGGGUGGUUGAGUAUCAAAGGCGUUACCUGCUGCCACUAUCGUGCCUCAACAGCAGCUCAAGCUACUUCGUGGCCUCCAAAAUUCUGCAAGUUUCAAUUAUUAUUCGAUGACAAGGCAGAAACCGAGGCAGCAUUUGUAGACCCCCGCAGGCUCGGUCGUGUUCGAUUGCUAAACUGUCCUGGAGCAGAUAUCAGGUCCCAUUCGCCUCUCAAGGAGAACGGGCCCGACCCUGUUCUAGAUAAAGCAGUCAUUACUGAGGCCUGGUUGACAGAGCGUGUGGCCAAAAAGAGGGUUCCUAUUAAGGCCUUGCUGCUGGACCAGUCCAUUAUCAGCGGACUCGGUAAUUGGAUGGCUGACGAGGUUCUGUAUCACUCUCAAAUUCAUCCAGAGCAAGUCAGCAACACUCUUCGUGAGAAACAAAUCGGAGAGCUCCACUCGGCGAUUCAUUAUGUUUGCUCCACAGCUGUCGAUCUACUCGGAGAUUCCGCACGUUUUCCUGCCGACUGGCUGAUGCGCCACAGGUGGAAUAAAGGCAAGAAAGAGCCAUCCACAAUGCUAAAUGGCGAUCCAAUAUCCUUUGUUACUGUUGGUGGAAGGACCAGUGCUAUAGUACCGACAGUCCAAAAGAAAAACCCCCAUGUCGCAGAGCUUGAUACUUCUGAAGAGCGUGAUCAUGAUGUAUCUGCAACAAAAUCACAGUCUAAGAAACGCAAACCAACGGCGAAAGACUUAGAAGAGUUGACAACAGCCAACGGAAAGAAAACUCGGGCCCAUACAAGCAAGACCACCGUGAAACAGGAAGCAAGUGAGGUGGCAGACGAAAAAGUCCCCGAAUCCCGAACUAGAUUGCGAAAACGCAAGGCUUCCCCGGCAAAAGCAGAAACUGACACGAAAAACCCCCCUGCACCCACCAAAAAGACCAAGUCUAGGACUGCGGAUGUGACUGCGGAGGUCAAGACGACUUUAAGAAGAGGCCGUUCAGCCGCCAAGUAA